AUGCGGCUUCUACGGGUGUUGGGUCUUCUUAUGGCCCUCUGGCAGCAUCGAUCCAACGCGUUGAGUAUCCUGCAGGACACGGAAAUAAGCGCGAUAAGACGAGGAUGCAAGAAUCUGGAGAACACAACGCCGUUACUGCGCCUGAAGAAGGAUCUCUUCUGCGAUUACGACACCAACACCCGACCGGAUCACUUUAAAACGGUCACGAACGUCACCGUGAAGCUGAUGCCGAAACUGAUGGAAUUCACAUAUAAUGGUAUAUUCACGCUUCACAGCUGGAUGGCGAUUUAUUGGACGGACCUGCAUCUCACUUGGGCACCGAGCGAUUACGACGGAGUCAACUUCAUCCACGUGAAGACCUGGGAGAUCUGGGUGCCUGAUAUAUCCGUCUACAAUUCUGGCGACAUGUCGCACGAUCAAAAUGAGCUGCCUCUAACGGAGUGCGUGGUCUUCAGUUCGGGCUCCAUCACCUGCGUGCCGGCCGUGAAAUACAUCUCGAAGUGUAGUCCGGAUUUCACCUAUUGGCCUUACGACACGCACAAAUGUCGCAUCACACUCGGCUCAUGGUCGUACACGGGCGAAGAAAUCGACUUCCAUCUGACCGGGAACGGGAUUCACAUGAGCGGCUACGAAAACAACUCGCUGUGGGACUUGAAGUUUAUAGACGCGGUGAAGCAGGUGAAGAAGUACAAGUGCUGUCCGAACGACACGUUCCCGAAGAUCGUCUACACGUUCAAGUUGCGCCGGCAUCACGCCAUCAGUCAUACGUCCUACAUCACACCGGCCAUCGCUCUGAUGCUGCUUACUGUCACGGUGCUUUGGCUGGACUCGCGAUCGACGGAACGAAUAGCGGUGGCGAGCGUGAAUUUCAUCUGCCAUCUACUCUGCAUAUUCGACCUGCAUUGGCAGUUGCCGUACAACGGCGUAAACCCGCCUAACAUAAUGCUGUUCUACCGCGAGUCCUUGGCGUUGGCCACCUUCGUGUUGCUCCUGACCGCCCUGCUGCGCAAGCUGCAAGACAUGAGCAUGGAGGCGCCGAGCUGGAUCAUGUCCACGACGACGUUCGUCUUGAACAACAGAGCCGGUCGUUUUCUGCUGCUGAACGAUGAAGAAUCCAAGAUAACAGGCGAAGGCGCAGCGGCUGAAGAGAAUCCGGACGUACCGAGGUCCGGGGUGAGGACGAAGGAGUCCUCUUGGAGACACUUCGCCGCGAUCGUCGAAUGGUUGUCCUUCUUCUGCGUGAUCCUCACGUACAUCAUCAUCCUGAUCCUGCUUAUGCCCACGGGUUAACCUGCGGUAUCGACGACAAUGACGGUAACAACGAUCCCCCAAGAGUGUUCAAGAGUUCCCCCCGAGAAAUUUCGCCCGGUUCGUUUCUCGCCGCCAUGUAAAAAUAAACGUUGUUUUUAACUUUAUCAGCCUACUCAAUUACGGGCGAAGAUUACACGAGUACUCGCAUAUUCCUACUUUCUCCUGCUUGUUGCGCGAGUAACGAUCAAUUUAGAAGAUAGGACAUUACACCGAGUGUGUUGUACAAAGAGAAUAACGUAUACGUGUAAGUAUGGAAAUAUUUAUAAGUAUCUACAAGUAUAUAAUAACAUACUAGUGUUAUAAGCAUUCAUAAGUACUUAUAAGGACUCAUAAAUACAAUAACAACAGCUUCAUGUGCUAUCUCAAAUGCUUAUAAAUAUUUAUAAGCACUUAUCAGCACUGACGAAUUCGUGAUAACGUAAGUAAUUAAGUGUAUAAAUCGCUGCGGAAAAAAAAGAACGAAGAUCGAAAAUAAAAUCGGCAUCUGUCGCGCAUAAGCUGAUAAGCGAGUAAAUUGUCCUAAAUA